AUGGGAUCAGUUAUCGAUGAUGAUAUAGAACCCGAUGAUCAUCUACACAAUCCUGACCCGGCCAGAGACCGAAAACUUGACCGACAUGUAUCAUUCUCGAUGCGUGGGCUAUAUAAUGUCGGCUGCUUAGCGAUCUUAAUCAUUUCAGUUCUGAUGCUUUUUGCUGGAUAUCCCAUCAUAACGUACCUGUCAAAUGCUCAGCUUUCCACCCUCGGUGCAUAUAAUCUGGGCGGGAUCAAUGCCAGCGGGCAGGUCCCAGAGAUCCCGGGAUUUCGAGGACUUAUUGAUAGAGAUACGCCGAAGUCCGCAUAUACUCGCGCAUCUCACGUGGACGGAACAACGUAUGACUUGGUUUUUAGCGACGAAUUUAACGUAGAAGGUAGAAGUUUUUAUCCUGGCGAUGACCCCUACUGGGAAGCAGUUGACCUUCACUAUUGGGUAACAAACAACAUCGAAUGGUAUGACCCCGCUCAGGUCACCACUACCGGUGGCUCGCUACGCAUCGAUCUGGACCAGAGGAGCAACCACGACAUGAACUAUACUGGUGGCGUGCUAUCGACGUGGAAUAAGUUUUGUUUUACCGAGGGAUAUAUUGAAGCCAAUAUAUCACUUCCUGGGGCUUCCAAUGUAUUUGGUCUUUGGCCGGCAUUUUGGAUGAUGGGCAACCUCGGUCGGGCUGGCUAUGGCGCCUCCCUCGAAGGAACAUGGCCCUAUACAUACGACACUUGUGAUGUCGGAACACUUGCGAAUCAAACUGAUCCGAGAACAAAUCUCCCAGCUGCUGCUCAUGUUGGUGGGCCUACUGGAACGAAUGGAGAGAUGUCGUAUCUUCCAGGUCAACGGCUCUCAGCCUGUACUUGUACCUCCGAGUCUGAUGGAACUGAUGGUAGGCAAAUGGUUCACCCGGGGCCAAAGAGGGCAGACGGGAGCUAUAUAGGCCGGAGUGCGCCUGAAAUUGAUGUGUUUGAGGCGGCUGUCGAUACAAGCACCCUCAUUGGCCACGUCAGCCAGAGUGGGCAAUGGGCACCUUUCAACGCUGCUUUUCGCUGGGAUAACGCCACAAACCUGGUUAUAUAUGACCAGGAGAAUUCUCAUCUGAACACGUUUAUUGGAAACGAGCGACAGCGAACGACUUCGGUCAUCACCAACACAAAUCAACAGUGCUAUACCGCUAGCGGAGGAUGCUUCCAGACUUAUGGAACAGAGUACAAGACUGGCAACGAUGGUUAUAUACAAUGGGUGACUGAUAACUCCCCGGUGUUCACGGUCAAAGCUGCCGGCCUGGGACCGGAUUCGGCAAUGCAAAUUGGACCACGACCGGUGCCGCCGGAGCCCAUGUAUAUUCUGCUCAAUCUGGGCAUGUCUUAUAACUUCGGGCCGAUUGACCUUGAGCACCUGGUGUUCCCUGCCUAUAUGCUGGUAGAUUAUGUUCGAGUGUAUCAACCCUCUGGAAAAUGGAACAUAGGGUGCAACCCUAAAGAAUAUCCAACAGCCGAUUACAUCAAUACGUAUGUAGAAGCAUACACAAACCCCAAUAUAACCACCUGGGUCGAUGACUACAAACAAAGAGUUCCCAAGAAUAGGUUGAUUGAUCAGUGCUAA